UUUUCCGGGCUUCGGAUUAUAACCACUAACACUACCACCACCUCGAAUUUUAUUGCUCGCCUUACCUGCUUGGGCUCCCUUGCCUUAUCUGACGCAGAAAACAGCAGUAAAGGCAACUGUAUUAUCGGCAUCCAAUCGUCACAGCAUUGCCAUCAGGUUACCUCUGCGACUUAACCGCCCGCACAGCAAUGAACCCGGGACGCUCUCUCACCUUCUCCAAUGAAGUCGUCGCAGUCAAAGUCAUCUCGCGAAAUAUAUACUCGGCUGCUACUGCAGAAAGAACACGGAUAUCCUCUGUGGAUCCCAGAACCCGAUGGACGUUUACCGGAGGCGUAUCGAUGCAAAGGCGUCGGGGUUGGUGAUGUUGGUAUUCUGCGGAACGACGGAGGCUUUGACUAUCUGUUUAAUGUCUGCAAAUCUGCGGAUGACCCAAUCAAUCAAGGUCGCGUUCCCAAGGGAUUUGAGCCCAUCAUCUGUGGUGAUAUACGGGAGAUCGAGACGAUGCAUAAACGGGGCUGUGAUAUCUGUAGCGCCAGCGUGUCCAAGAUAGAGAUAAGUAUGGGUGGUGCGGCAGAAUCUCCAUUCCUUUUUGGUGGCGGUGGAGGAUUCGAGUUCAAAUGUUCACGAGAAAAAGGGGCCAUUCUUGUACUUCCCGACGGUGGAGGACGCUACGACGCCCUCAAUAUAUCCCAGUUCCGCAGCUAUGCUGCUCAACAUGCCCAUGCAUGGUACCAGUUUGCGAACAUCACUUGCGGCAGAGAAGCCCUCAAUGGAUCACUGUAUCUCGUUACGGGCUGUGAUAAAGCAUGCUCAUGGGGGGCGGCCUCGUUCUUCAACCCUGCCGACACACGUUCGUUCUCGCUCAAAUUCCUUGUUGGUGGAGUAGCGGAGGGAAACAUUAAACUGGGUUAUUCGUGGAAGGGUACUUCGUCAGCGGACGUCAGGGCAUAUCCUGAUGGUAAACCCACGUGCCUCGUUAGCUCACUUUGCCCCAAUCAAUGCGUUUUUCUGCGCGGAUUUGGCAUCUCAAUCCGUACAAGCGCAUUUGCCCGGUGGGUGUUUGGACCCACGGCGGUAUCGCAAAUCUCUGGGACAUCCAAAGAUCGAAUACCAUGUUUCGAUAGUAGCAUGCCGUACUUCAGUUCGAAUUUAGAGCGUAAGCGUAGAUGAUUCCUUGCCCCUGUACUCAGAAAACUCCCUCCCCAACCCUCGCAAGCGCCACAAGAGGGAAGAUCCACUCAGCGAACCUGUGCCAGUGACAGUGUCACCACCUC